UUUGGGGAUUUGACUGAGAGUGAGAUGACGAUGCCGCGGGGCAGUGAGCUGGCGGCGGCACUGAGGGACCGGGCUGCAGUGGACCAGACGCUCAUGGAGCGGGCCAUGGAGCUCAGCGUGUUCGGCAGCAAGCUCAACCUACGGCCGCGCAGGCCCACGGACACGUCGCCCCACCACCACUCGCAGCAGCAGCACUUCUCGCACUUCCACGCCCACUACCACAGCCACUACAACCUGCACGCCGCGCGAGUCAGCCCCUCCCCGUCCCCUGCCACAGCCCUCUUCGCCGCCUCCCACUCGCAGCUGCUGCACGGGGGACCAAAGGCCACUCGCGCUGUCAUGUCAUCAGGUGCCAGCGCUCGCAAAUCCAGCGACCCUAAUAUUGUACAAUCCAUGCACAGCGGCCAUGCCAGCUCAGCAGCUCAGGGCCAGCUGGCUCGAGGUGGGGCCCACAGCACGUCUCUGUCUGCGAUCUUACCUUCGCUUUAUGCAGCAGCUGCUUCUCAAACUCCUGGCAGCGAUGGCGGUGGUGGCGGUGGUGGUGGUGGCGGUGGUGGCGGUGGUGGUGGUGGCAGUGGUGGUGGUGGUGGCAGUGGCAAUGCUGAUGGGGUGUUAAAGGAAGGUGGCACUGAAGGAAAGGAGAAGGCUAAGAUUCCCCGUGCUUUUCUGCCGCCACAUCGGCCGCCAUCCUCCGCCCCAUCGUCUUCCAGUGGUAUUCCUAUUGACCGCCAACCUGGUGCACCAGAAGGAGAGGCGUUCCUAGGGAAUGCACAAGGGAAGGAAUCACGGGGAGGGCCAAUGCGUGAACUACAUCCAAUUCCUUCUGCUUCCGUUGAAAGAGUGGCGGAUGAUAGCGAUGAGGAGGAUGGCGCUGGAGAGGAUCAUGUCGUCUCCAUCGAUUCUCCCAGUCGUCUUUUCUAGUAAUAUGAGUGCACAUUUCCACUUUGGGGAGUAAUAAUAGUGUGUGGCUAGGUUGCUAAUUGUUGUUUCCUAUUUUAUUCAUAAUU